AUGCAGCUCUCGGUUUUCUGUUGCAAGGCCUCGCUGCUACUGCUCGUCCUGCCAUGGGCUGGAGCACAGCCCGACGACGGAGAGUACGAGCCGGAGCUGCGGUCCCUGCAGGACCUGCUGCAGGCGCUGGGGCAGCUCCGGGACGAGGAAGGGGAACCAGGCCUGGAGGACGAGCCGCUGGCCGGGGCUGAGGACGGCGGCUCCGAGUGGGCUCUCCCGGGGGCGGAGGGCGGCCCUCCGGGUGUCCCGCUGCCCGAGCACGGCCAGACCCAGCCUGCGGAGGGGCAGAGCCAGUGGAGGAGCCUCCUCUCCUCCUACAGACGGAGGCACUUCUCCAGCUGCUUUGGGACCAGGAUGGAGAGGAUCGGCGCGCAGACGGGGCUGGGAUGCAACCAGUACAAAGCCCGUUUCUGGAGGAGAGGGAGAAGCUGA